CUCCAAUCCUCCUUCUGAUUCGAGUAGUGACAGUUUGAAUUUGAACUUGGAAGCUCAUUGCCAUUUGAUUCGUAUCAGUUUUGCUAAAGUUACUCAAUUGAAAUAUUCUUCGUCUAUAAGUAGAAUUCUGGACAAUGGAAACUCAAAAGGUCAAAAGGAGGAGACUUUUCUUGGAUGAAGGGGUUACAGCUGAUGAGAACAGGCAGACAGGGGAGAGAUUGGAACGUGCUUCCACCUCCAAAAAUGAUGAUGCCUUGGAAGGUCAGAACUAUGUCGAACAAAGCAAGCGUGCAGAAUCUGCAGAUGAGGUUUGUCCCACAGAAUGCCUUGAAGGUGAAGUUGGAGACGUGACGCCGAAACGAAAUCUUCGAACAAGGACACCGAUGAAAAACUCCGUUCCAGAAGUUGAGAAAGGAUUCGUGAAUUGGAGCAACGAAGAGAAAGAAAAGCUCCUCUUCAAUUUGGAAAUUGACGGUUUUGAUGGUGAUUUGAAGAAGUUAGCAGAUAAGACACUGAACAGAAGUGCUGAAGCUCUUCGGUAUCUUAUAACUCAAUGUCAACAAGAUCGGGAGAAACGUAACUGGGAAGUGAUGCUGGAUAGUAAAAUUGAAGAUCUGCGCAAGAUGGAAAGGUCCCACAUGUAUGAAAAUGUGCCCCUGUGCCUCCAACUGUAUUCGCUGUACGGGACACUGCCAGAAUCUUCUCAAGUCGGAGGAGUCGACUAUUCAGCCGUUUAUGCCUAUAUUGCCUCUCUCAUGCGCGGGGAAAUUCCCAAGAAACUAAACUCUGCUACAAUGGCGAAAUUAUCCCAGGUUUUCCAUCUGCUAAAACAACGAAUCUUAGAAGAACCAGAAGUUCCCCUACCAGAAUUUCAAAGGAACGAGGAAUUCAGUAUCGAAAAGAUGACCGACUUAAAGGAACGAAGAUCCAUUGGAUUCUCUGUGGAAGAGUUGAGAGCUAAGGACGCCCUCCUUUCGGGAGAUGUUGCUAGUAUUGAAGAGUUGUACAUGUCGCAAGCAUCCCUGAAUCCGUUUUAGUGCUUAAGUUUUGCACUGUUUUCAAAAUGUAAUCCCAUCUUCACAAACAUCCAACCAGUUAAAUUAUCUCGGCUUCUGCGUUUUUUAAAUAAAUUUAACCUGCCAUUACAGACUAAUAAAUUGAUUAUCGGAUA